AUGGCGCAAAAAUUUCUCAAGUGUCGAGUGGGUAAUGGUGAGAACACAAGCUUCUGGUUUGACUCAUGGACACCAUUUGGACGCCUUAUUGACUUUAUUGGAACCAGGGGACCCUGUGAUCUACGGUUGUCGCUAACAGCAACUGUCUCCACAGUCUCAAAUGGCCAGUCAUGGACACUUCCUCAACCGAGGUCUGACAGCGUUCUUGAUCUACAUAUUCAUUUAACUACUGUCACACCUCCGGUAGCCUCUGCAGAACCUGACACUUACGCAUGGAUGGUGAAUGGAACUGACUGCGACAAAUUCUCUUCAGCAAAAACAUGGGACAGUCUUAGACCUCGAUCAACAAUCAAACCGCUACCAACUAAGGAUAAGCUUCUCAGCUGGGGUCUGAACAUUCAACCGUCAUGCUGUCUCUGUACCACCCACCCUGAGGGUAGAGAUCAUCUGUUCACCAGCUGCGGCUAUGCGGAAUUCAUAUGGCAUCACAUAUUGGCGAAGCUGCACCGAUCUCACUUGUUUUACUCAUGGUCAGAGCUUAUGUCUUGGAUCAGACGGAUCACCACAGCGUCUCCAACCCUCAAAAUGUUAGCGACACAAGUCACAGUCUAUAACAUUUGA